UCCAAAACAACAAAAAAAAAAAAAAUGUUAUAAACUAAUUGUAAAGCAUUUCACAUUGUUCACACACACACACAAAAAAAGGGGAAAUUAUUCUGGCUAAAUAUGGCUGAGGAGCUGCUUGAUCCCAUGGAGCAUAGCAUAGACGAGCUACGUGACCAGUUCGAGCGAUACAAGAUGCGUUGUGCACAAUUGUUUAAUGCGAAAGACGCCCAGGAAGAUAAGUUACUCAUGGAAAAGCAGCUGCAGGAUCUACGUGCGGAUUUAGAAGAGUUGCGCACAGAAAUGACAAUUCUGCAGAUACGACAGUCGGAACUGAUUGGUUGGCACGAUGCGGAUGCCAUCGAGGAUGGCGAGCAGUUCGAGGCCGACGCCAAAGCUGCCAAGCUGGAGCGAACAGAGUUGGAGGAGGAGUCGGAUGGCAGGCUGAUUAUCAGCUGCGGCUCGAGCCCGUGUGUGUUUGAGCAUUGCCGCCGACGCGUUGAUAGCCAGCUGCUAUUGCUGCACUACCUCUGCGAUCACAAUGAGACGGUCGCCUCACAGCGCUGCCACAAGCUGUGCGAGGACCAGCGUGUCGUGCUGUCCUUUGAUACCCGCAGCUGUCACUUUAAGCAGAACCAUGUAAUUGGACUGCUCGCCUUUAGCGGCUCUCCGCUGCAGCAGCAGGAGCAACAGUUGCUGGCAUCGCCGCAGGAGCAUGGCCACCUGGCCAGCGAUGUGCCCGUCGUGGUGCUCAUUUGCAAGACGGCCGCCAAUUCUGCACUGAGGGAUAAGCAGCUAGGCAACCGCAUUCUCACACAUGCCAAUCCCAAGGAUCAGGUGUUUGUCAUUUGGCUGGCAACGCCAAACGAUCAGCUGCAGUUGAAUGCCGCACUGAGACUGUGCGGACGCGAUGCGGCCCUACAGGCUAGCACCAUAGUGGCCGUGCGCCAGGUGCUUCAAAGCCAGGACACGUGCCACUUUAUGCCAGCGGAUGCCAGCCAUUGGCGUCUAUCCUUUGGCGAGUUGCAAAACAUUUCGAAUAACUUUCGCGACGAGCUGCAUCUGGAGAUUGCCCUAACUGAGCUGGGUGGCAGGUUGUUUGUUUAGUUAUGCCUUUGGCUGCUUAAUAAAUGUUGCGUCUAACUCACA